ACAGCUCAACAGCAUCAUCGACUCCCUCUUCGACUCGCCGGUCCUUCAAACCCCUUUAGACUGAUCCACCUUCUGGCUCAGUCCUGGUUAACUUACCUCUUUUCUCCCCGAUCUUUUUAUGCAAUCUGCGCCCUCUGAAGUAUCCCAAAUCGCGUCGUCACUCUAUCAGACCCAAUCCUCUUCGCCCCCUUCCCAGCAUGGAUUUCCUCGCAGUGGACAGCAGACCUCUGGUGGCAGUCUCUAUGAGACAAGCCCCAGAGAGUCUUCGCUCGUCAUCGAGGACACUGACAGUGCCUCUGUGUCGUCCAGUAGUACACGUCGAGGGCGGAGUAGCAACAUCGCACGGAUAAGCAGUCGGGUCACUUCUUCGCAGGACGCCUCACCCGGAAGUCGUAUUGAUGACUAUGAACGUCAACAUGCACGUUAUAGAAAACCGUCCGACGGUGUCAUCUUUCAAGUUGUUCCUUCAACCAACCCAGGCCCCUACCGUGUCUCAAUCAAUGAUUUCCCCAACGAAGUCUUGACUCACAUCCUGUCUCACCUUCCGCCGGAAAACCUCUCCUCCAUGAGUCUCGUUUCUCGUCGUUUUCACCGAUUGGUUACUACCCCCCCUGCUUGGCGAAUCGCCUUUGCCAGGUAUUUUCCAGGUUCUGAAUCGGUCGAAAAGGGCACGGAAGGUCAAUACCGCGGCUCUGCGAAUGAUGUUGAGCGUACGCAACGUAGAAUAUUCACCCGUCUUUCGGCACUCGCUUCCUGGCGAUCAGAAUACAUACUUCGUACUCGGUUGUUACGAUCCCUUGUUCGCGGAAGACCUGCCAUUGAGUCGUUGUCCCGCUCUAGCGCCGCUCGUCACUCAGGCAGUGCCGCCGUGGCUGCUGUAACGACAUACCCAUCAGGUCUUUACUACCCCAUCAGCCACCUUCAUGCAACCUUUGGCACAGGUCUGAACAAGAAACAGCCUCUCUUCAUGCACGGGGCGGUUGAGCAAGGUCUUGUGUCUACCAGCGAACCUGGAAGUGGAAAAGCAGGCUCGUGGGGAUUGGCUGACUUUGAGGGGUUUAAGCACUUUGCCGACCAAUUCCCUGGAGAGUCGCCCUACGGUGUCGCUCCGGGCAAUGUCGUUGGGAUGAGCAACGUCAUGGACGUGAGCCAGCCCUAUGGAAGAGUCUAUGGUGAAGCCUGUCCCGGUGGACGAUUGUUCUAUACGUCUACCACCGAACAGCGUGGGAGAUUUGUUCCAAUCUCCUCAGCUGCACAUCACGAACUCGGAAUUCCCGAAGUUACCAUGCUGGGCUGCGCAGUCACCGCCGUCUGGAUGGCCAAAUCCGAAGCUGUGCUGAAAGCUACGAACGGCUUGUUUGGCUUUCUCGCUGGAUUUUCCAAUGGUGUGCUCUCAGCCUAUGCAUUGGGCGUAAAUCCCGUUCAAGAUCGGCGACUGGACAAGGGUGAACCAACGGCGAAAUGGGCACUUUGUCCCGGUGUGCCCAUCAUUGGAAUCAGUAUCGACGACAAAGUUUCGGCCCGCCGCACCAGCGGUGGCCGCGUCUGGGCAGUCGUUCUCAAUGCCCUGGGUGAGGUAUUCUAUCUGAAUCAAGUCCCUGUGCGACCUGAUUUUGCUGGGAAAGCUUCUCCCCAAGACACAGAUCGUCUUGGAUGGCAGACCGGCAGAAGUGUCGAGUGGCGUCUCGUCGAGGCAACAAGACGGUUAGCGAAACCCGACCCCUAUGGGACUACGCAGGUCGAUGGGAGCUAUUCUCCCCGCACAUCUUCUGAUGCUGCUGGACUACGCCCAGAACAACUUGUCGCAGAAGCAAUCGAAGUUGAAAGAUUUAUUGUCCAUAAACCAAAGCACUACCAGUCUGUCUGUGAAGGAUGGGACAUGCGGCGCAAACUUUUGGUCGACUUUGGGGGCGACGAUCAUCACGGAGCUGGAGAAUCAGUCUUUGUCAUUGCGUGUGGACUUGACGGCGCCUCGCCGGCCUGUGUGCAGCGAUUUAUUCGUUGUAGGUCCAAAGUCACCGUGGACUUCAACCUCGACACGUGGCCUACCAUUGAAGCUACCGUCCAGCGACCUUCAAUUUUUGGUAGUGGAGCCCUUUCUUUCUCAGAAAUUGGCUCUCCUUCUUCACCAAGGAGUUUGCCACGAUCGCGGACUUCUAGUCAGGACGACCCAGAAAGCUUGAGAUACAAGGAGGAAUGGCGUACCUCGACCUUCUCUUUCGCGGACCACCGAAAUUUAUCCAUCUCAGCUGCUGCUUCAGAUGAUUCCGAAUUUGCUCUCUUAGCUGCCAUGGAAGAUCCGAUCCUAGGGAUGUCCGCUGGGUCCAAUUCGUCAUCUCUGUCCUCGUCUCCAUUUGGUCAGGCAUUGACGCCAGGAAAUGCUUCUGAUAUCCCAGGGCAUCGUGCACGUCUGUUUGGAAUUGGAACAAUGUCGGGUGUGAUCAUGUUAUGGAAUAUGCGCGCCAGCUUGCCCUCCAGCACAGAUGUCGUCAAUAACAUCUCUCCUGUACGCAUCAUAUACACAAAGUCCCCUCAGAUUGCGUCGCUAGCGAUGACUUCACUUUACGUGGUCCAUGGCGGGAACGAAGGACUUGUCCAGGCAUGGGACCCAUUGGGCUCCUCCACUGACCCCGUACGGACAUUGAACUCUCGGUUUUCUGACCGAGCUAGACGUCGAAUUGCCCAAGCGGAAGCAUCUGUCCACGGAGUUGGCAACAACUACUUUGCUGCUGGUGCAAUUACUCUCGACCCCGAUCCUACUGUUUUGCGCGGCAUUGUGUCCCUGGGAGCCUAUUUGAGAUAUUGGUCAUACAGCUCGAAUGCUGCGGAAUCUUACAAGAGCCGCAAACGUGGACAACUUCGUCGAAGGUCCGAACGCGGAAGCAACUCAGCGCCUGCUAGUCAGAAGGUUAGUGCCACUGGUCGAGGUCUUCUUAAGGAUUAUAUCAGCAACGAGCGCUUCGAGAUGGAACGAGACAAGUUGGCACGCCAGCGCGAAAACCAACGUCUGACGGGAAGGUACGGGACAAAUCUACUGGGCGAAGGCGCAAGCGAAGAAGAAAUGCUGGCUUAUGCGACAAUGCUCAGUGAGGAAGCCUUCUCAACAGAAGAGGCCAAACGUUCCAAUGAGAGAUCAAUCUCUGCGGGUCCGGCACCAGCAGGCUCACAGAUCGACAGCACCGAUCCAGAGCUUGAAGAGGCAAUUCGCCUGAGCUUGCUUGAAAGUAGUCAUGUUUCUCCAUCGCCAGGAACCAGCGAAUUCGACGUUCCAAUUCGUUUUACCAGGACCUCGAAGCACGGCACACCUUCCCGCAAGACGAAAUCUCUCGCUCGCGAGAGCGUCUCAUCACCAUCUGGGGCGGUCGAUCAGGAUGAUUUUGAGUUUGCGCUUCAACUCAGCCUCGCUGAAGAGGAGAGCCGCCGUGCUCAUGAAGAGGAGUUUCCCGCGUUGACACCAUCACGCAGCUCUGGGUCUGACGAAGGGGUCAAAGGCAAGGGAAAAGGACGAUCCAAACGCGGGUAAGGCCAGCGAUCAGAUUGCAAACCAAGCCCGAUGCUAGGGGCUGUUGUUCACUUCGUCUUCUUUUACGCGCAAUAAUUAUAUAUCUGCUUUUGUCUCUCGGGGUUUUGUCAAUUGCAGCAGGCAAGGCGAGAAACGGAUUUAUUGUUGAAGGUUAACUACCUAUCUUAUACUAGCACCUUUCACCUCCAAUAGAUGUGCCUCACCUUGAAGUCUUGACAUACUCAAGUGGCGUCCGAUAACUUGACAAUGCGAUACCUGGUCAUUGAGCAUGAGUCUCUAUUCCCGACUUGAUAGACAUCAGCUCACUUUGGUCAGGUGUAAGAUGAACAAAUGGAAGGGGAUCGAGCAUUGUGGUCAAGGCAUUGUGCCAUUGCAAG